AUAUUGAAUUAAAUGAUGAUAAUGAUUUUUUUGAUUAUUUGGAAGAAGCUGAUGAAAUAAGAGAAUAUUUUCAAAUUAUUAAUGAAGAUAUUUCAACUGAAGAAAAUUUGAAUGAUGAUUAA